GGUAUACUGUCAGACGGUGCUGUGAUUGCUGUUAAGCAGCUCUCCUCCAAAUCAAAACAAGGGAAUCGUGAAUUCAUCAAUGAAAUCGGCAUGAUAUCUGCAUUGCAGCAUCCAAAUCUGGUGAAACUUUAUGGCUGUUGCAUUGAAGGAAACCAGUUGCUGCUAGUAUAUGAAUACAUGGAGAACAAUAGUCUUGCUCGUGCACUUUUUGGUAAAGAACAUGAGAGGAUGCAAUUGGACUGGCCCAGAAGAAUGAAGAUUUGUGUGGGGAUUGCAAAGGGAUUAGCUUAUCUCCAUGAAGAGUCAAGGUUGAAAAUAGUACACAGGGAUAUUAAGGCAACCAAUGUCUUACUUGAUAAGCAUCUGAAUGCCAAGAUCUCUGACUUUGGUUUAGCCAAACUUGAUGAAGAAGAGAAUACCCAUAUCAGCACACGAAUAGCCGGGACAAUUGGUUACAUGGCUCCAGAGUAUGCUAUGCGGGGUUACCUGACUGACAAGGCAGAUGUCUAUAGCUUUGGAGUUGUAGCUUUAGAGAUUGUUAGUGGAAAGAGCAACACAAAUUACAGGCCAAAGGAGGAGUUUGUGUAUCUUUUAGAUUGGGCCUAUGUUCUCCAAGAGCAAGGAAACCUUCUGGAUUUGGUGGAUCCAAGUCUUGGUUCAAAGUACUCCUCAGAAGAGGCCAUGAGAAUGCUGCAGUUAGCACUCUUGUGCACCAAUCCUUCUCCCACUCUUAGACCACCUAUGUCAUCGGUAGUGAGCAUGCUUGAGGGAAAAACUCCAAUUCAAGCACCAAUAAUCAAAUGCAGUGAUAAUGCACAAGAAGUGAGAUUUAAAGCUUUUGAGUUGUUAUCGCACGACAGCCAAACUCAUGUCUCUUCUGCUUUCUCACAAGAUAGCUUAGAGCAUAGAAGCAAAUCACUGGAGGGACCAUGGGCUGAUUCCACCACAUCUCUUACAAGUAGGAUCGAUCAUUCUUCAGGCGAUAAACUUAUUAGAAGUUCGAACGAUGUGUGA